AUCGUUCUGCGCAGAGCCGACGCUUGUCUGAUGAGCACGUUUCCGCUUCCGGUGACGUGUGAGAGAAAGAUGGCUGCGCGGGGAAAGAAACGUGCAGCGGAGCGAGCGGCACAAAACAAGACGAAACGAGCGAAAUUAAACGGGAACAAAACGCCACAAACCGAGAAAAACCCGAAGACCGUGAUGUUUACCCCGGAGAAUGAAGAAGAAGCGAAUAAAAACAUCAUCAGCGUCCCGCCGCCCGUCAGCUCGGGCAAAUGGACGAAUAAGGAGCGAGUGUUGGUGUUUUCUUCUCGCGGGAUCAGCUUCAGGACGAGGCACCUGAUGAUGGAUCUACGGACCAUGAUGCCUCACAGCAAAGCUGACACCAAGAUGGACAGGAAAGACAAGCUCUUUGUGGUGAACGAGGUGUGUGAGAUCAAAAACUGCAAUAAAUGCAUCUUCUUUGAAGCCAAGAAGAAACAGGAUCUUUAUAUGUGGAUCUCAAACGUCCCUCACGGACCUUCAGCCAAGUUCCUCGUACAGAACGUUCACACUCUCGCUGAGCUGAAAAUGACCGGAAACUGUCUGAAAGGCUCCAGACCGCUCCUGUCCUUCGACCCGAAAUUUGACCAGGAGCCGCACUACGCGCUGCUGAAGGAGCUCUUCACUCAGACCUUCUCGACGCCUCUCUACCAUCCGAAGAGUCAGCCGUUUGUGGACCAUGUUCUGACCUUCACCAUCGCUGACCACAGGAUCUGGUUCAGGAACUAUCAGAUCAUCGAAGAAGACGCGUCUCUGGUGGAGAUCGGCCCACGAUUCGUCUUGAAUCUGAUCAAGAUCUUCCAGGGCAGCUUCGGUGGACCCACGCUGUUCGAGAACCCUCACUUCCAGUCUCCCAACACGCAUCGGCGCCUGAUCCGACAGGCCACAGCGGCCCGGCACAAGGAGCGUCAGCUGGUGAAGCAGAUCCUGAAGGAGAAGCGCUCCGAGGAGCUGGAGGUGCUGGCGAAGGACGUGACAGACGAGGUGUUCCUGACUCCAGCCGAGCCCAGAGAUCCUGAGAUCCAGCGACAGCCUCCAGAACCACACAAGAAGAAGAAGCUGCGCCUCACAGAGCUGAAGAAGAAGACGCUGAUGAAGCGCAAAGGCCUGCGAUAAACCUGCUGAACUCCCUGAACAUCUCUGUGAAUGUCACGCAGGCUUGCAUUGGUCUACUGC